CUAAACAAGUUUAUAGAUUUGACAUAGAUUUUAUAGAGAAAUGUGAGUGUAAUCUUGGAGUGAGAGGCAAUAAUGAGAAGUAAAAUCUGAGGCAGUGAUGAAAACCACAUAAAAUGAAGAACAAGAUUUGUCUCACCCCACCAAUGCCCAAACGAGAGGCAAAGACGAAUGGAAGGAGAUGAAGUUUCAACCCAUCGGCUUCAUUAAGCCACACGAUUCUAUAUCCCCUUCUAUCUUCUUCCUUCUUUAAUUUCAUUUUUCCCCCUCUGUGCAUCUUUAGAUUCUCCAUGAUGAAAGGCUUUUGAAGUGUUUUCCCCCCCUUAUUAGUGUUAUUAACUAGGAUUCAAUUCACAAUGUUGUCGGUUUGCUCGGUGACCCCUAGCUGUUCUUCUCAAUCUAAGAUUACUUUCCACGGUGGCCUGAGACCCUUUCUGCCAUUCCCAAAGGAUUUUCAAGUUGGCAGCCAUGUUACAGCAGAUGGGAGCUUCACUGGCUUGCUUCGAGGAACUCAAUUCCAUGGAGGUUUUCCUAAAGCUUUCACCACAAGAUCCUCGCUUUCUAAUUUGACUAUGAAUGCUCAACACCCAUUAUCUACAGGAGAAGGGACACUCCUUGAUGUUUCUGGACUACGCAGUGAAAUUACGUCUGCUCAAGUUUUACCUAUACAGCACGAAACUGGGCUAGGCGAUAAAAUUGCAUCAGAGAAAAUGCUCUUUCUGUCCGACUCCCUAAAUGUCGAUAAUAGUUCAGUUUCUAAUUUGAAAGCAAGCACGGAGGAUUUUUUGGAUCGCGUCAGCGAGUCCUUUAAUGCCUCUAUACAACAAGGGGAAAACACUAUUGAGAAAUCAUUGGAUACAAUUAACUCAUUCGUAUCAUCUUUGAUUAAACGGGGCAAUCAAAGUGUAGAUGAUGCCGUCAGUAGUAUAUUUUCAUCUGUUGAUCAGAUUGGGGAACAAGGUAGUAAUAAAGUCACCAACUUUUCAUCUGGGCUCAAGGAAGGAUCAAUUAAAGCUUCUAUUGCUGCAAUCGACUUACUGAGACAUGCAGUUGUUGCAAUUGAGGAUUCUCUGAUAAAUGCAACUUCAUUUGUUGUCUACUCCUAUGGGUCUGCCAAGGAACUCUUUCCUCCUGAGAUCAGAAUUGCUCUGAGUUCGUCCGAGCAAAAAGUAGCUGAAAUCUUGAGUCCUGUCAAGACUGGUUUUCAACAGAUUUACCCUACUGUUGAGAGUUUGGAGAAAAUCGUUGGCUUAGAUCCUAGUGAUCCGCUGGUUCCAUUUUUUCUCCUCGUUGGAAGCUCUGUCACUCUGUGGAUUUUCUACUGGACAAAUACAUAUGGUGGUUAUUCUGGAGAUUUAUCCCCUGAAGCAACUUUGGAGCUUCUGAAAGGAUCUGAUAAUGCUGUUCUUAUUGAUGUCCGGCCAGAGGAUUUGAGAGAAAAAGAUGGCAUUCCUGAUCUUAGGCGUGGAGCACGAGCUCGCUAUACAAGUGUAACUCUACCAGAGGUUGAUGGCUCUAUACGGAAGUUAGUCACGAAUGGAAGAGACCUCGAUGACACUUUACUUGCUUCUGUCAUCCGGAACCUAAAGAUUGUUCAGGACAGGUCCAAGGUUAUCGUCAUGGAUGCCAAUGGUACAGGUUCUAAAAACGUUGCUAGAUCAUUGAGAAAACUUGGGGUCAAGAAACCAUACUUGAUCCAAGGGGGAUAUCAGUCCUGGGUGAAACAGGGCCUCCGCAUCAAGGAGCUCAAACCUGAAACACCACUCAGCAUACUUAACGAGGAAGCUGAGGCAAUCCUGGAGGAAAUAAAUCCGUCUCCUGUGCAAGUUCUUAGUUAUGGUUUGGGUCUAGCUGCAACUUUGUACGCUUUACUAGAGUGGGAGACGUCACUACAAAUAAUUGCUAUCCUUGGCAUCGGUCAGACAAUUUAUCGGCGAGUUACAUCUUAUGAAGAUGCUGAAGAUUUGAACAAAGAUGUCAGGCUGUUACUUACUCCAGUCAGUCUUGGAGCUCAGGCAUUAUCAUGGGCUGCUGAGAAACUGGAAACGAACGGCAAUGGAUUACCGACAUCUCCUUCCUCCUUGGAUGUUCAAAACAGGGUGUUGCAAGCUGCUGCAAAGCACGAAUCUCAGCCUUCAGUCGAUGAAGGUAUCCAGAACAGACCGCCCGAGGCAGCAAUUCCAGUCAGUGAGGGUAUAGAUCUUUCUGAGGCAUAGAACAACAUUUUUCUGGCAGUACAUAUUGCUUGUUAAUGAAAUCCCCUUCUUCUAAACUUGGUUGUUUGAUCCAACUAUACUAACAGUAUAACAAGUUGAAAUGGAUUGCUGCUUUGUUCAGCUGCUCAAGAAAAAUGUGUGAGCUGAUUCCUUUACCCUGAUACCUUCUCUUUUCUCUCAUAAAAGAUGUAGUGUAGAGUCCUUUGCAUAUACACAAUCAAUCUUGGCUUGCUGUAUAUUUAAAUACUAAAUCUAAUUUUUCUUUUCUGUA